AUCAACUCCAAGUAAAAAUGUUUAAAGUGUACAAAAUGAGUAAAAGUUUAAUAAACGUAAUAUUGCUAAGUAUAGCAUUUUUACUGCUAUAUAUAGGCAUUCAAACAAUGAGCAAUAUCCAAAAAAUUGUCAUCGAUAGUAUAAAGAAAGAAAAACCAUCGUAUAAAGAAAAUGGGUAUUACAGCCAAGCUGUAAACAACGCAUUUUAUGCUGUAUCCACGUGGGCAGUGCCAUCAAUCAUUAAUGUUUUUGGAGUCAAAGUGUCUAUGUGCUUAGGCGCUCUUUUUAAUGUUUUGUUUAUACUACAAUUUUUGUUAGAAGAAGUUUGGAUCUUAUAUCUGUUCUGUGGUUUAGCAGGUAUCGGGUCAGCUUUAUUUGGGGCAGCGCAAGGUGACUAUUUAGCUCUCAAUUCCACAGAAAAGACGAUGAAUAGAAAUACUGCUAUAUUUACAAUAAUUUCAAGCUUUAACAUGAUAAUUGGCAAUAUAAUUGUUAUGUGCGGGUUUAUUGGUAAAACUGAAAUAAAUAAGAGCACACGUAUAUUAGUUUUAACAAUCUUCGCAGGAGUAUGUACAGUGGGGUCAUUCGUAUUCGUUUUAUUACCAGUAAAUAAAAAAGAAGAAAAAAGUGAAGAAAAAUUCAGUAAAGUUGGAGCAACGGAAUCAUUUAUAAAAGCAGUAAAAUUGUUUCUUACUAGAAAUAUGUUACUAUUAAGUGUAAGUUUUUUAUAUGGAGGCGUAAACGCUGGAUUUCUUAAUGGAAUUUAUUCCUCAGCAAUAGGUUUUACACAAAAACUUCCCAAUUCUAAGCAAUUGGUUGGCCUAUCUGGAAUAUUUACAGGUAUCGGUGAAAUAUUUGCAGGCAUUAUAAUAACAAUUUUUGGCGAAAAAAUAGUUUCUUUGGGUAGAAAAGUCUUAAUAGUAACUGGUUGUUCUGUGCACGGUUUAAGUUUUAUUUUAAUUUUUAUUAAUCUUCCAGAUAAUUCCCCAAAAGCCGAUACGAAUGAUGCAGCAAUUAUCGAAAGUAAUACGUAUCUUGCCAUGUUUUGUGCGUUUCUUUUAGGUCUUGGUGACUGUAUAAAUGUAAACGUUAUAUUUAGCUUAUUGGGCACUGUGUAUUCCGAAAGUGCUGCCGAAGCUUUUUCCAUUUUACAAUUUUUUGUGGGUAUUGGAUCGGUUAUUAAUUUUAUGACUGCUGAAACAGUAGGACUUUAUUAUCAACUUGCAGCUUUAAUUUUAUUAGCGAUAUUAAAUGCCGCAUCCGUUAUAAAAGUAGACACUUAUUGCAACCAAAAUAUAUUAAUAAAAAAUAAAACUAAGACAGAAAUUUCUCAUUAGUUUUAAACUCAAAUCUCACUAGUAACUAAGUGUUUGUAUGUGUAAGUUUGUAUAACUAAGUUAGUAUUUUAU